AUGACUACCAUCAUUGCCUCAGUGACUGAAGCUGAACAAGGACACGGUGUAGCUACUCUCAAGUUGCGGCCUCAGGAAGAGAAUAAAGGGGAGGAGCCGCCAUACAAAUAUGCACAUCUUCUCCCCCAUUUUUCUGCUGAUCGUUACCCACCUCUUACACCUUUUGAGCACGUAGAUCCUGGUCAUCGUGCUCUAUCGCACCCAAACCCCCGUUCAUUCCUAGAUAGCGCGAGUAGCGUGGACGAGCUGACUCCACAUCUCGGGACUGAAGUCGUUGGUGUGAACCUUGCAGAGCUGGAUAGUGCAGGCAGGGAUCAAGUGGCUUUAGAGGUAGCGCGAAGGGGCCUCAUGGUUUUCCGUGAUCAAGAGGAUUUCAUUGAUCGGGGUCCCGAAUUUUAUCGUGAAUGGGGGAGUCAUUUCGGACGUUUGCAUAUUCAUCCCACCUCGGGACAUCCAGAAGGUUUUCCAGAGAUUCAUUUGGUCUACAGAGAUUUAAAGAAAUCCUUCAACUUUGAAUAUGACGAUGCUGUUACACCCACAGUUUGGCACUCAGACGUUUCAUAUGAGCUGCAACCUCCCGGUUUAACAACAUUUUUCCUUCUUGCACAGCCGAAAAGCGGAGGUGAUACCCUUUUUACUUCGCAGGUGUCUACAUUGAAGAAACUGUCUCCUCAAUUUGUCGCUUUCUUGCGCACGCUAAAAGCACUCCACUCGGGUUUCGAGCAAGCAGAAUUUUCUCGUGGAGGCCGCCGAGGUGGCACUGUCCGUCGUGAGCCCGUCGAGCAUAUACAUCCUGUGAUUAGGAAGCACCCAGUGACUGGAGAGGAAGCUCUCUACGUCAACCGACAAUUUACCCGACGCAUCAUUGGCCUCAAGCGCGAAGAAUCAGCUGCUAUCUUGAACUUCCUAUAUGAUCACAUCGACAGGAGUCCCGAUAAUCAGGUUCGCAUCAGGUGGCGGCCUAACACAGUUGUGCUGUGGGAUAACAGGAUUACCGCUCAUUCUGCCAUUAUCGACUUCAAGGAGAGCGGUGAAGCGCGUCACGGUGCUCGCAUCACACCCCAAGCAGAACGUCCCAUUCCAGCUCUCGAUGGCCUUGACCUUUCAUUGUAA